AUGGCUGCUGAUUCUGCUGUCACUAUAAUACCUAUUCUCCAGCAAAGAUGUGAUACUUUAAGAAGUAAGAUUGCUGACUUCACCUUAGUCAAUCAGGCUUUACAGUUGAAAACCUACCAACUGUUGAAUUUCAUUAAUCGUCAUGAAGAUUAUUCUGGUUUAAUUACAAAAGAAUACGAUGAAGUCUCUAAUGAUAUAAAUAUUGUCCAGUCGGCUAUUGAUAAGUAUACGUGUGAAUUAGAAGAUUGGAAAGCUAAACUUGAUCAGUAUAUGAUGAUGGUGACAACAAUGAUGUUGAACAACAAUAAUAAUAAUAGCAGUAACAGUACUACUAAUAUUGCUAACAGUAGUACUACUACUACUAAUAAUGAAGAUAAUACAAAUCUUACAUCCUUAAUAAACAAAGUCAUGAUGAAUGGUUCACUGUUAUCUCAACCGUCAUCUUGUCUACAACUACUUACCUCCUCGUCAUCAUCAUCAUUGACGAAUUCAAUUCAAGUGGACAGCAGUCAACCAUCAUCAUCAUCAACAACAACAACAACAAGGCCACCGAUUACAAAGUUACGUUUACGUGCAAAUUUACCGAAUAGUCAGUUUACACUGGUAGAAAUAAAAUCUGGUCAACAGAUUAAGCAUGCUUUAGAAAAGAAGUUAUCACAUCGUGGUUUGCAUUUAGAACAGUUAAUUGUUUAUCGAGCACGUACAGGUCUACCCGUUUCAUGGGAAGAUGAUGCUGAACAAAUUGCACUGAUCGGUGAAGAGUUGAUAGUAGAUUUUGCUCGACGAAAUGUUAAACGACUAGAGCAUCAUUUUCAAAGGAAGACAUUUUUUGAAAAAGCCUAUUGUAAUCUAUGCCAUAAGUCAAUAUUCCAUGGUGCUAUAUGUAAAACGUGUGGAUGUGCCUAUCAUAACCGAUGCCUUCCACGUGUUGAUAAGAAUUGUCUAUCCACCUUGGAUGAUGAUGUAUUCUUUGCCGGUGAUCAACAAAGUAGUCGAAAUUCUUCUAUCCAUGGAUCGAAUUGGUUAAUGCCUACAAGUGCUACAACACCUGGUUACAGUAAUAGUAGUACAUGUUUCCAUCAUUUUAAUCCUGAUGACAUAACAACAGUGCGUGUAUUAACUAAUUCAACUGGUGGAGUUAGUGGAAUUGGUAUAGAUGCAGGCAAUCUCCUACCAAAUGGUCAAUACUAUCCAGCAUCAUUAACUUCAUCAUCCACUGUUGGUGGAGCUGGUGGUGGUGGUCAUUUCCCUCGUCAAUGUUUAACUCUCACCUGUAGAGAACGUUCCUCGUCUACACCGAAUGUAUCAAAUAAUUUAAUUCCACCGAAUCAACAACAAAGAAAUAUGUUUACGCCUAGUUCACUUGGAAAGCGAGAAGCGAACAAGAUUAUUCAAGGAUCUCCGUUGCAUAUCGUAUAUCCUGUUGCAAAUAAUCAUAACAAUUGUACAACCGGUCUGCCAGAUAGUCCAUCAGUUGUUAGUGAUGGUUAUUUUAUGUCAAAUCUAGGAUUAUCACAUAAUCAAAGAUCUGACAGUGAUCCAAAACAAUCAGUGAAAGCAAGAAAUAGACGUAGUUCAAAUGAUGAAUGGGAAAUCAAUGGACAAGAGAUAACUAAAGGUCCACGUAUUGGAUCAGGAUCCUUUGGAACUGUAUUCAAAGGCUAUUGGCACGGGAAUGUGGCUAUCAAAGAAUUGAAUGUUGUUGAUCCUACACCACAACAGCUAAAAGCUUUCAAAAAUGAAGUCAGUGUAUUAAGAAAAACUCGUCAUGAAAAUAUUCUCUUGUUUAUGGGUUGUGUUUCCAAACCCUGCUUAGCUAUUAUAACACAAUGGUGUGAAGGUUCCAGUCUGUAUAAACACUUGCAUGUUCUAGAGCAUCGUUUCGAUAUCUCAGAAUUAGUUGAUAUUGCUAGACAAACAUCACAAGGAAUGGAUUAUUUACACGCUAAGAAUAUAAUCCAUCGUGAUUUAAAGUCAAGUAAUAUUUUCUUACAUGAUCGUACUGUGAAAAUCGGUGAUUUCGGCUUGGCUACAGUGAAAAGUCGUUGGUGGAAUACUGGCUUUCAACAACCUACUGGAUCUAUCUUUUGGAUGGCUCCUGAAGUUAUACGUAUGGAGGGUGAAACACCGUAUACAAAUCUUUCUGAUGUUUAUGCCUUCGGUGUAGUUCUCUAUGAAUUGAUUACAGGUCAACUACCCUAUUCACAUUAUAAUAAUCGUGAUCAAAUUCUGUUUCUUGUCGGUCGUGGUCUGUUGAAACCAGAUACAAGUGCUUGUCGAGCGGAUAUUCCACAUCAACUUCAACAUUUAUCUAUGAGUUGUUGUAGUUUUGAACGUGAAAAGAGACCACCAUUUUCACAGAUCUACCCAUGCUUAGAUUCAUUGUAUCGAUCUUUACCAAAACUACACAAGUGUUCCUCUGAGCCAAAUGUCAAUGGUGCUGUUCGUAUAGCUGCGGCUGCUGCCGUGGCCGCCGCCGCCGGUGCUGCAAUAGCCCCAGGUGGAACUGGUACUUCCGGUGGCAGUGGUGGUGGUGCCGGUGGCGGUGACGAUGUCAUCAUCACAUGCGCUGCUGACCGUGCUGAUGAAAAUGAUGGUGUUGAGAUGGCGACGACGACAACUACGAAAACGAUGACGACAUCUGUCACACCAAUCAAAUCAGCAUCUGAUUGUUGUUAUAUCGGUUUAUCAUCACCAAGAACACCAUACAAUGCUACAACCACUUUAACAGAAGAUUUCUUUUUCGCUGUUACCGCCACGCCCAUCACUGAUAAAAAUAACAAUAAUAAUACAAAAUUGAUUUCAACACCAGUUUCUGUGAGUCCGAAUUCCAAUGCAACAAAUGACAAUCAUGAGAACAAUCAUGUUGUUGUUACUGUUGCCAGUGAUGCGGUUAACGAUGAGUGUACAAAGAAGGCUGGGGAACAGGACAACAACAACACCGAUGGGGUUAUCACUGCUACUGUUAAUGCUACGGCUCCGAGUAAGGACGAGAAGACUACGAUAUCGAUUACUUCAACCACAGGUGCUACAACCUCAUCACCACCAGCACCAGCCAAUGUGAACAAACGUACCAUUGUGAUUAUCAAUGAAACCGUGUGA